AUGGCACUGGUUCUGCAUGCGGGGAGCACAAAUAAAAAUGCUUUCAAGGCACUCAUUGCUGCAGAAUAUACUGGUGUUAAAGUUGAACUGGCCAAGAAUUUUGAGAUGGGUGUAUCAAAUAAGACUCCCGAGUUUCUCAAGAUGAAUCCUAUUGGAAAGGUACCCGUGCUUCAAACACCUGAUGGCCCUAUAUUUGAGAGUAAUGCCAUUGCACGCUAUGUUGCUCGCUUGAAAGCUGAUAAUUCCCUCUUUGGCUUUUCCUUGAUUGAUUAUGCUCACAUUGACCAAUGGAUUGAUUUUGCAUCUUUGGAGAUUGAUGUCCACAUUUUACGCUGGUUGUAUCCACGACUUGGUUAUCUUGUGUACCUUCCUCCAGCUGAGGAAGCUGCAAUUUCUGCAUUGAAGCGAGCACUAGAAGCUUUGAACACCCAUCUUGCCUCAAAUACUUACCUGGUUGGACAUUCUGUCACACUGGCUGAUAUUAUUAUGAUAUGUAACUUGGGCAUAGGGUUUAGCCGGGUCUUGACCAAGAGCUUUACCUCGGCAUUGCCGCACGUGGAGAGAUACUUUUGGACCCUCGUUAAUCAGCCAAAUUUUAAGAAGAUAAUGGGUGAGGUAAAACAAACAGAUUCUAUUCCACCUGUUCCUUCAGCGAAGAAGCCUUCACAGCCAAAAGAACCUAAGGCCAAGGAUGAACCAAAGGAGGCCAAGAAAGAAGCAGCUAAGCCUGAAGCUGGUGAGGAGGAAGAAGAGGCUCCCAAGCCGAAACCAAAAAAUCCUCUAGAUCUUUUGCCUCCUAGUAAAAUGGUACUGGAUGAAUGGAAAAGGCUUUACUCAAACACCAAGGCAAACUUCCGUGAAGUUGCUAUCAAUGGGUUUUGGGACAUGUAUGAUCCCGAGGGAUACUCGCUUUGGUUCUGUGAUUACAAGUACAAUGAUGAAAACACGGUAUCAUUUGUGACUUUGAACAAGGUGAGUGGUUUUCUGCAACGAAUGGAUCUGGCACGCAAGUAUGCAUUUGGGAAGAUGUUGGUGAUUGGUUCAGAGCCCCCAUACAAGGUGAAGGGAUUGUGGCUUUUUCGAGGGAAAGAAAUCCCUCAAUUUGUGAUUGAUGAGUGCUAUGACAUGGAGCUCUAUGAGUGGAAACAAGUUGACAUCACGGAUGAAGCUCAAAAGGAGCGUGCUAGCCAAAUGAUUGAGGAUCAAGAACCUUUUGAGGGUGAGACUCUGUUGGAUGCAAAGUGCUUCAAGUAAGUAAUUAAUCAUCUGAGUCAUACCUCAACCAAAAGGGCUCUGCCUUGUUUUGUUCUGUUAAAGUCUAGAUUAUCCUUCUCUUAUUUGAAGCAAAUACUUUUGGAAAGGCAUGUUAUUUACCAUAUGUUGUUUACAAUUUUAAAUGUUCCCCCUUAGUUAUCUGCACUGAGGGAUGCAUAUUUUUGUUUUCCAAUAUAGUUAUUUCUUACCCUAUGAAAACCGAGGUCAAAAAAAAU